CGGGGCGCGAGCCCCUACGAGGUUCCGUGCCCCGAGUCGGGCCGCUUGUUUGGCUGCUGCCGUCACCUCAUGGCGACGCGGGUAGAGGAGGCAGCGCGGGGAAGAGGAGGCGGAGGCGCCGAGGAGGCGACUGAGGCGGGACGGGGCGGACGGCGACGCAGCCCGCGGCAGAAGUUUGUGAUUGGCACGACGGAAGAAGCUGGAAUCUGUGGGCUCGGAGUGAAAGCAGAUAUGUUACGUAACUCUCCGUCAGAAGCUGCUCUUCAGCAUCCAGACUCAAACUGUGGAGGCACGACUAACAAGCAUCCACUGGAAGAACAUGAAGGCGGGGACUUUGUAGCAAAGAACAGGAGUCUGGUGAGCUCGGCUUUCCGCAGGCAGGAGUCACGAGAGGCGAUUUCUGGGCGAGAAGCUCGAACAGACCCCCCGGACGGUCAGCAGGAUUCUCAGUGCAACAGGAGCAAAGAGAAAACCUUAGGAAAAGAAGUUUUAUUAUUGAUGCAAGCCCUAAACACCCUUUCAACUCCAGAAGAGAAGCUGGCAGCUCUCUGUAAGAAAUAUGCUGAUCUCCUGGAGGAGAGCAGGAAUGUUCAGAAGCAGAUGAAGAUUCUGCAGAAGAAGCGAGCCCAGAUCGUGAAAGAGAAAGUUCACUUGCAGAGUGAGCACAGCAAGGCUAUCUUGGCAAGAAGCAAGCUAGAGUCUCUCUGCAGGGAGCUCCAGCGCCACAAUAAGACGUUAAAGGAGGAAAACCUGCAGCAGGCACGGGAGGAGGAGGAGAGGCGGAAAGAGGCCACCGCACACUUCCAGGUCACUUUGAAUGAGAUCCAGGCGCAGCUGGAGCAGCACGACGUGCACAACGCCAAACUCCGCCAGGAGAACGUCGAGCUGGGCGAGAAGCUGAAGAAGCUCAUCGAGCAGUACGCCCUGCGGGAGGAGCAUAUCGAUAAGGUGUUCAAACACAAGGAACUGCAGCAGCAGCUCGUGGACGCCAAACUCCAGCAGACGACACAGCUGAUCAAAGAAGCUGAUGAGAAGCAUCAGAGAGAGAGAGAGUUUUUGUUAAAAGAAGCAACAGAAUCGAGGCACAAAUAUGAGCAAAUGAAGCAGCAAGAGGUGCAGCUAAAACAGCAGCUUUCUCUUUAUAUGGAUAAGUUUGAAGAAUUCCAGACCACCAUGGCGAAAAGCAAUGAACUGUUUACAACCUUCCGCCAGGAAAUGGAAAAGAUGACAAAGAAAAUUAAAAAACUGGAGAAAGAAACACUAAUAUGGCGUACCAAGUGGGAGAACAAUAACAAAGCACUUCUGCAAAUGGCCGAAGAGAAAACAGUCCGUGAUAAGGAAUACAAGGCCUUUCAGAUCAAACUGGACCGGUUAGAGAAGCUCUGCAGGGCCCUUCAGACAGAAAGAAAUGAGCUCAGCGAGAAGGUGGAGGUGCUGAAGGAGCGGGAUGCAGGGAAAGCGGCCGGCACAGGGCGCUGCCCCCUGGGCUCUCGAGCCCAGCCGAACACUCCUGCCUCUGCCGGCGCCCUGGCGGCCCUGGAGGCGACGCCCCCCACCCCAGCCACUGGCACCGGCACUGGCCCGGGCAUUGAGUCGGUUGACUGAAAUGAAGUGUGAUCACUGUGUGGAGAGCUCUAUUUUGUGUAUAACUUUCUCUGUUGGUAGUUAACUAUUGGUUUUGUGGUGAAAAUUUUCUUACUUUUUCUACCAUAUCUGUAUUUUCUUAGAACUACUGGGCUUCUGUGGUACAGGAGGCUGCUUAGCAGUUUGGAAUAGUUUGACUCUCCGUUUCCCUCAGCUGUGUCGCACAUCUGCGUCUCCCUUCAUUGGAAUGCAUGUGGUCAAGGCCUCGCCCCUCCUCCCCGGCUCUUUGCACAGAACAAUCCUAAUUAAAAUUUCACUCGAGACAGGGCCGACCACUAGAAGGGAACUUUGUCCUGAUUGUCUCCUUGAUGUGAGAACAGUAUCCCUUUAAACAUCCUGGGCCCCUAUCACGGUCACUCAAAAACAAAACCGACAAGUUUAGCCCACCUGACCAUUUAAAUGCCAAGUCAAAGCUAAAGCCUUACUGUUGGGUCACAAGCAAGCAUAUGUGGCUGAAAUUAGCUUCUGGGUACUUUGCAUGACAAGCUUCAAAUUCCUUCGAGUUACAGCUGUGUUCAGAAACAUGUCUCACGUCCAAAAAGCAGUACCUACAGGCAACUCAUUAGACAGAACGGACUCCAGGCUUACGGUGAUGUGUCACUAUUGCUUCACAACCACCUGGACGCUGUCUCUUGGCGUCCCGGGGUGUUCACUGUCCACAUGCUCCACUUCCUUCAGAAAGUGCUCACAGAUAGUCCUCUGGCAGCUUAAGACCGUGUGACACAAGCUCACACCUCCCCUUCUCUAAGCAGCCCAGCCGUCUACAUAAAUUUACGUUGGUGUCCACCUGUCACGAAUCCCACCAGCAACAGCUUGUGGCUUUUCUAAGAGGGAGAUUUGAUUAUCAGCUGUGCUAACUGAAUCUGAGUUCAUCUCCCCACCAGAAGGACUAGAACCUUGGGAAAGCUUGGCAUAGUGUUUAUGUCAGGAUCUCUUACCUAGCCUACGCCUUCAGUCUGUGUCUCGCCCUCUUCUCAGUUACUGUCAUUUUAUUUAAAGAGAAAAACCAGUAUUAUCAAGGUCUCUACACUUGGAAAAGGGGAGCUUUCCAAAUUAAGCACAUUACCUUAGAAUGGGUUCUUUUUCUUCUGUUCUUUACAAUGUCAAGUGUAGUUAAGUUAUACAAAUGAUCGGUCAGGUUCCACAGAUCAAAGUUGUGACUUUGACCCUGCUAUAAUUUGAAUUGAAAUACUUUAUGAAAAUAAUAAAACGGUUCUCUAUUAAGAACUGGCCACACAGUCUGCUGAACACAACUACCAAACUGACACCCCUUCUUACAUUGCUUACUGGACUGAAUAAACCAUUUUGUCCAGUCAAAAGGAUUUUCUCGGUUAAAACUGUGAUUGUUGUCACAUUCAUGUUCUAACUGGGUUGAAAGAAUUGAUGGGCCAGAUGACAAACAGCAUCUGGAGGACGACACCUGUGCUUCCGCCAUCCGGCACGUUGAGCUGGGGGCCAGAUGGCAGAAAACCCACAAAGUAGGGGAUCUGUUCUUCCUGUCAGAUAACAUGGAAGCACAAGUAACCCCCCUCCCCCAACAGCCUCUUAUAAAUAACACCCACCUCCAGCUACUAAGUGAAAUAUUGGACUCAUUUUCCAAAGAGGAAAUGAAAGUAUAUAUGAGAAAUAUAAUAAUCUACUUUAAAAUUAGUACUAAUGAUCACAUUUCAUCAGAACUCUUAAUGCUUUAUUCAGCCAUUUGUGUAGCCCACCACGGUUAUUUGUGGUGCUUGUCCUGUGUGAAAGACUGUAUAUCUCAGACCCGUUGCAUAUUUCAAGGGCUUCCUAAAGCGAUGUGAUUAACAGUACUCCUUGGCCUGCUGCUUUUGGCUUACUCUGUAUUUUUAGCUAGAUGCUGUCAUGGUGUUUAAAGAAUACGGAUUCUGUCUGUGAUGCAUUGGUGUCCUUUCAGAAUCUCUCCUCUCAUUACCCUGUGAAUACAAACCAGCGCAGCCAACCCUCUGAGGACACUCUCCUAAGUGAUCACCUCACCAGCCCAGUGUUGUGGCUUUGUAGCACGCCCUGAUCUACCAUGUUCUAGAACACUGUAAUGCUACUAGGAUGGCCCAGAAAAGAUGAUAAAUGUCAAACUCAUUGAAGUUGCAUUGUUGCACCAUCUUGGAAUAUUGAUAUGUGUUUAUAGUGGUGGUAGAACUCUCAAGGACUAGAGAAAAACUCGGGUCCUGGAUAAUGGACCAUUUCAUCCUCAAGAGUUGUAGGAAUACAUUUCUUGGUCUCGAGACCAGUGGUUUUUAGUUAUGUAUGCAACUGCCUUUACUACACCUGGUCAUCACAAUUCAAUUCUCAGGUGUUGCAGAAAAAUCUACCUCUUUCAGACUGUAGAUGGAAAUAACUGUGAAAAAAUGAUGCAGAGAUCUAGUUUGUGCUAAACACACUGCUUUAUUUUUACAGCCCACGUCUUUCAUGAGGAUGCGAAUUGUUAAGAGGCAGUCUUGUUUUGCUUUUCAAAGACAUUUUGUAGAGAUUUUUCACUAAUGUGAAUCUGAUUUUAUCUACUCGAUUCUGUAUAGAUAAAAAGUAAAUAUGUAUGAUAAAUCUAAAA